AUUUGAUCACGUGUUUCUUUAGGAAAACGUUCGUUUGUCCUUUGGGCUUCUUGUGACCAGGAGUUAUCGAAUAUGUUCACAUUCUAAGUUUACAUUGCAACAAAGACUUUUGUAAUAUCUACGGUCAAGAAGAGCUUUGUUAAAGUUAGUUUUAAUAUUGUGCACGAGGAAACAAAAAAAACAUGUUUAAAGGAUUUAGUUUUUAUUAUACGUUGCGUAUACUUAAUCUAACUACAAAAAGGAAAAUUUCUGAGAGUUCCGCUAUACCGAAUCCUAUGCAACAAUUAAAGAAGCAAAGUGAUGUUAACAAUGGUGAAAACGGUGGACACCAGUACAGUGAAAAAGGAAUUCAACAGGACGACAAUUACAAGGAUUUCAUGGGAUGGAUCACCGACGGCGGGCUCAGACAUGCGUAUGCGAUGGAAAACGGCACCUCAGAAAAUCUUUACCAGAAGAAAGUGGAUAAAGAACAUAAACGUCACGUGAUAAUUGUUGGUGCGGGAAUGGCAGGCCUGUCUGCAGCGUAUGAAUUGGCUCAAAUUGGUCAUACGGUAACAAUACUAGAGGUACAGUCCCGUGUUGGAGGUCGCGUGAAGACAAUUAGAGAAGGUUUUACUGAAGGUCUUCAUAGUGAAGGUGGGGCAAUGCGACUUCCUCUGAAUCAUUCCUGACUUGGCAUU